UGAUUACGGGGAUGAGGAAAUCAAUAUCAUUGAGACACCUAGUCAUGAUACAAGGGUACGUGAGGAAGAGGUUACUCCUCACCUAAGUUUUGAUGAGCCUGAUAACUCCGAGGACAACUACAUGCAAUUUUUCUACAACCAUAUGUCCCCGGAAGAUGUCCAAGGUUUCAUUAAUCGUGUUACUCAAAAGCAUGAGACACGAAACACACCUGGGUUUGACAGCUCUGUGGAACGAAGCCCUUCACGGAUGGCCUCGCCAAUGAGAUCCGGGUCUGUUGAUUGUCAUGCUGCAGGCCUCGAUGAGGAUAGGAUUCCAUAUGGUAAAAAGGGGAAGUGGGCUGUCAAUGUUGAGGACAUUGAGGAUGAUGAUGACAUCGAAUGGCGCAAGGCACAGAUGGCGGCUGAUGAGCAGCUUGCUAAGGAAAUCGAAACUGCUCAACGAGAGGCUGCUCUUAAGCAUAAGGAAGCAGAGGCUCGCCUUGCGCGCCAUAUUGAGGAUGCUCGGCGAGCUCGCAGCAAAGCCUCCUCCACCAGUCUUGUUGUGCAGUCUAGUCGUGCUUCGAACCAGCUCCCGCAUGAUGGCUUUUCAGGGACUCGUACCUCGCAUACCCCUUCCAGUUCACAAAUUCCUGUGGGGAUGGGCUAUGACUCAGAUGUUACUAUCUCUGAACCCUCUUCUGUAUACUCCUCAGACUCAGAUUCAACUAAGAGGAGGAAACGGGAGAAGAAGAAGCGAUACAAGAAACAGAGGGCUCACCGCAAACGAGAACUCGGGAAUGAGAAAGUUGUUUUGCCCGAGAAAUAUGAUGGCUCCCCGAAGUUUGAUGUGUUCCAACGCUGGUUAUAUUCGGUGACAGAUUACUUCAAGACUGUCUACAUCGAGAAGAUGCGGCGUGUACCGAAGCUUCAGCACUUCUUGUCUGGGAAAGCAGCAGCCUUCUUCAUGCGCGAAGUCGCCAUCAUGGCCGUGCAGUUCGUGAUUGGAUCUUUGAAUUACAGAAUCUGGCUGAUAGUGGAGCAGAUGACUAUAUUCGAGCGAAAUGGGCAGAGACUGGAUAUAGUGCUGAGAUUUCAAUGUUUGAAGAUCUUGAGGAGGCUGCAGUUCGCAACGGGAUGGAGAGCGUGGACGUACCAUGAAUCGUCAUUCCAGACCUUUCCGUUCACGGCGUGACCAUUCCCGAUCUCCCAGGUCUUUCACAGCUUGGCAACCGAAACCUCAAGAUCCUUCGUCGAAGGCAAAGACCGGUUCUGUGAAUCCACCACAGGCUUCAGGCUCGAAUAAUGGCCGGAGCAGUGGGUCUGCCAAGAGUGAUAACAAGCGCCAGCUAUCCAAGAAAGAGAUGGAUGAGCUGCGUGCAGCAAACAAGUGUUUUGAGUGCAAGGAGACUGGCCAUUUGAGUCGUGACUGCC